AUGCCUCCCAAGCAGCUUUCUCUGCCGCCGAAGCUCCUCCAAGAGAUUGGGGCUCCGGGCGAGCCCAGUGCCUCUCGAUCUCGCGGGCGGUGGAAAAGCCAAGAUCAGAACAGGAAGGACCGUCGCAAAUUUGAAAGACAGUCCAAGAAGCAGCGCCAAUCCCUAUUUUUACAGGAUUCGCAUUCAACCAAACGCCACUAUGCACGGGGGCCAGAGAAUGAGGAUAACGAUGACGAUGACGACGCUGGUGGUUUGAACGACGCAGACCGUCGCGCCGACAGCCACCUACAGACGAUAGAACCGCGCGCAUCACCGCUGUCUGCCUCCAAGAAGCGCAAGAGGAGCUCUCCCGAGUAUGCCGACGAUGUCAAGGGCGAACAGCCCGCCAUGAAACAACCUUCGCGUGCCGUUCGCGACCGGCUAGCCCAAGACAAUGCUGAGAUCGAGCAACUUGAACGGAAGUUGGGGCUUAGAAAGGGUCGGAAAUCACUGCCCCAGGCCUUUAAAGAUGACGGAUUGGUGGACCUGCUUGGCGAUUUAAGUAACGGCAGCGGCGAGGAGGAGGAAACGAAGCAGACCAGUGAAUACAAGCAAUGGCUUGCGCACAAGCGGAUGAACGCGAACCGAUCUCGAAACGAUGCGGCAUAUGUUGCAGAAAGCGGUGAAGAUGACAGAGUCUUCGACCAAGGCGACGAGCCAUCGGAGGACGAUGAUUUGAGCGAUUCAGCAGAGGAGAGUGACAAGGAUAUUAAUGAUGACGAUGCGGAAGGCGUCAACGAUGACGACUUGGGUGACCAGCAAUCUUUUGUUGGUUUCGGUUCAGAUUCGGAGGAGAUGCCAACAGCUCCUAGACGGGUCAGGGAAAAUCCAUAUUUGCCACCAGUGGCUGCUGGCACACAGUCCUCAAAGUACAUACCGCCAUCAAUGCGAGCCAGAGUGGGAGGCGACACCAACCUCGAGGCCCAGAUUCGCAGAAAGUUGCAGGGUCCCGUCAACAGAGUUGCAGAAGCAAACUUGGUAUCGAUUGUCGGUGAGAUUGAGAAAGUCUACCGUGAUUAUCCAAGAGGCCAUACGAACAGCAUUUUGACGGAACUACUGAUGGCUCAGAUUUGCGACCCCACAAGCAAACCCGACACCCUUUUACUUCUGUCCGCUGGUUUUGUCGCUGCUCUUUAUAAGGUCAUCGGCAUUGACUUUGCGGCACACUUCCUGACGACAUCGGUGGAGCGGUUUCAACAAGAGAGGAAGAAGGCGACGACCGCCGCUAGCCAGCAACAGGUUCCCACAAAAGAGACAUCCAAUUUGAUUACAGUCCUCGCGGAGACGUACAUUUUUCGCGUCAUUGGCAGCAAUCUUAUGUUCGACGUUGUGCGGCUUCUACUGGGCGACCUCUCAGAGCUGAACGCUGAGCUCUUGCUGCGGGUCGUUCGCGUAGCUGGGCCCCAAUUGCGAAAAGAUGACCCGUUGGCCCUCAAAGACAUUGUCAGCCUGAUGCGUCCUGCAGUCGCUAAGAUUGGGGAGAGUAACGUCACGGUCCGGACGAAAUUCAUGAUCGAGACUAUCAGCGACCUCAAGAACAACAAACUGAAGGCCGGCACACAGGACUUCGUCAUUCUCAACGACCAUGUCACACGCAUGAAAAAGGUUCUGGGUUCACUUGAUACUCAGAAGCUGAAGGCCACGGAACCACUACGAAUUGGCUUACGGGAUAUCGAAAAUGCGGAUAAGACCGGCAAAUGGUGGCUUGUGGGGGCCAGCUGGGCUGGCGUAGGACCUUCAGAGGCGGACGUCCAGAAUACUCGCGGUUUCACGAAGAAUACGGACGACGGCCAUGACUUUACUGACGAGGGUGACGCCAUUGUGGUCGCCGAUGCCGACGAUCUCAUAACCCUCGACUAUGCACAGCUUGCGCGAGAACAAGGCAUGAAUACGGAUGUUCGGCGUGCGAUUUUCGUUGCCCUCGUUGCGGCAGCUGACUAUCAGGACGCAUACAUGCGCAUUCUGAAGCUCAAACUCAACAAGUACAAUAAACGCGAGGUGCCGAAUGUGCUCAUCCAAUGCUCUGGAGCGCAGCAGCACUAUAACCCUUACUACACCCUUGUAGCUAAGAAGUUCUGUAGUGACUCGCGCAUCAAGUACGCGUUCCAAGACACAAUAUGGACCCUUUUUCGACGGCUCGGCGAGCCGUUAUUCGGGCAGGAACCAGAGGAUGAGGAUGAGGAGGCCACGGACGAUCGCAGGCUUAUCAACACAGCCAAGAUGAUGGGCAGCCUGGUUGCUGAUGGUUCUGUGAGUCUCGGUGUUCUCAAAGCCCUGAAUCUUGCCUACGUAAAGAACACGACAAGUCUUUUCGUCGAAGUAUUGCUCAUCACUGUGCUUCAAGAGUGCAGUCGGGCCAAAGACAGGACUCUAGAGCAGGCUCUCGGGGUGGCGUUUAGCAGCGGGCUGGCGCCCGAGCUCGCUCGAAGCAUUGCAUACUUCUUGCGGGAAAAGGUGCGAGAUACAGAUCUUGUAGACGGCAAGAAAGACGCCAGGAGGGUGAAAUUGGCUUGCAAGGCUGCUGAAGUGCUUUUACGAAGGCCUACAAACGAUGAUCACAGGUAG